GGGGAUGAGAGGCCGUGGACGUGGGCGCCCCGGUCCCCGGGAAAGGCGUUUGGGUCGCAACCAGUGUGCCAUAUGCCGGAAGGAGGGACAUUGGAAAAAUGAGUGCCCUGAAAGGGAAGAUACCCCCAUGAUGGCAACAGAAGAUCAAGAUUAGGGGUGUCAGGGGAGACGGACCAUCCUGCCCCCGGAACCCCGAGUAAAAAUGAGGGUGGGAAAUUCAGAAAUAGACUUUUUAGUAGACUCUGGAGCAGCACGAACUGCAGUAAAUCAACCCCUACAGCUGCCAGUAGCAGACUCCCUUACAGUGAUUGGUGCCACGGGGAAGGGAACCAGGUGCCCAGUAUAUGCCCCAGCGGAAUGUGCCUUGGGAAACACAACUGUAUCUCACAAGCUGGUUUACCUCCCUGACUGUCCAACACCCCUUUUAGGACGGGACCUGCUUUGUCGUUUGGGUGCCACUCUGCAUUUCACUCAAGAUGAUAUAACUCUUACCUUACCCCCUGAGAAUGCCUGGAUAAUGGCCCUUGCAGUUGAACCCUCAGCCAUGCAAGCCCCAGAGUGGAGCCAGUGGGAGGACCAGGUGUAUCCCCUUGCUUGGGCAUCAGGGGUCCCUGGAAAGGCAACCCAUCACACCCCUGUUAAGGUUCAACUCCUCCCAGGAAAAAGCCCAGUGCGGAUCAAACAGUAUCCAAUUAAAAGGGAGGCCAGAGAGGGACUGCAAAAGACUAUAGCUCGAUUCCUAGAGCAUGGGGUACUACGAGAAUGCCAAUCAGCUUGGAACACCCCCAUCCUGCCCGUGCAAAAGCCUGAUGGGACGUAUCGGCUGGUACAGGACUUGAGGGCAGUCAAUGAGCGGGUUAAGACUCUGCACCCCCUUGUUCCAAAUCCGUAUACGCUGUUAGCUUCUAUAGGGGGGCAGUAUACCCAUUUUUCAGUCCUAGAUUUGAAGGAUGCUUUCUUUACAAUUCCAGUUGAUACCCAAUCUCAGGAGAUUUUCUCCUUCGAGUGGGAAGGCAUAAAAAGGGUUAAGAGGCAACUGUGCUGGACUGUGUUAGCACAGGGAUUUAAGAACUCCCCUACGCUUUUCGGCCAGGCGCUGGCCAAAGACCUGGAGGAGUGGAAUACUCCGGACGGGAUUCUCCUCCUGCAGUAUGUUGAUGACCUGUUAAUAGCCGCGGUGGGAUUAACCCCUUGCCUCCAGGCCACUGUGAGCCUCCUGAAUUUUGUUGGGCUCAGAGGAUACCGGGUGGCUCGGAACAAGGCUCAAAUUGCUCUCUCAGAAGUACAGUAUUUAGGGUUUCACAUAAGGCAAGGAGAACGGCAGCUCUCUAACGAAAGGAAGGAGGCUAUUUGCCAGAUUCCUAUCCCAAGCAACCGGAAAAGGCUUAGAGCAUUUCUGGGCAUGGCAGGCUUUUGCAGAAUGUGGAUCCCAGAGUUUGGACUGUGGGCAAAACCUCUGUAUGAAUGUGUUAAGGGAGCGGAUCAUGACCCCUUUCACUGGUCCCCAGAAGCGGACAGGGCAUUUAAAAUCUUAAAGAGGAAGUUAAUGGAGGCUCCAGCCCUGGGUUUACCGGAUCUAUCUAAGCCGUUCCAACUGUAUGUACAUGAGAGAAAAGGGGUAGCCCUGGGAAUGCUUACUCAGCUGUUAGGUGCUUGGAAACGUCCUGUAGCCUACUUUUCCAAACAACUGGAUCAAGUUGCCAAGGGAUGGCCGGCAUGCUUGUGGGCGGUCGCAGCCACGGCCCUGGUACUUGGGGAAGCUGAAAAACUGACACUGGGAGGAGCUGUGCACGUGUACACUCCCCACAUGGUCCAAGCCCUGCUGGACACUAAGGGUGGUCUCUGGCUCACCCAGGCUCGGGUGGCUCGGUACCAGGCAAAAUUGUUAGAGAACUCUGAAGUUACCUUGCAAACCUGUCCCACUCUUAAUCCAGCUACCCUGCUACCAGAAACAGAGAAGCAGGAACAUGACUGCCUGGAUGUCAUAGAUGCCCAAUACUCCAGCCGCCCAGAUUUAAAAGAUCAACCGCUCUCAAAUGCAGACUGUGAGUGGUAUACUGAUGGGAGCAGUGCUGUCAUAGAUGGGCAAAGGAGGGCGGGCUAUGCUGUUGUGACCCUCUACGAUACAGUGGAAGCAGAGAGUUUACCUGCUGGAACCUCUGCCCAGCUUGCUGAACUCGUGGCCUUAACCCGUGCACUUGAACUGGCAAAAGACAAACGGGUUAAUAUUUUUACUGACUCAAAAUAUGCUUUUGGGGUAUUGCAUGCUGACGCUGGUCUGUGGAAACAAAGGGGAAUGUUAACUGCUCAGGGUUCUCCGGUCAAGCAUGGGUCUCAAAUUCUCCGGCUUUUAGAAGCAGUACAGCUCCCCUCAGCAGUAGCAGUGAUACAUUGCAGAGCUCACCAGAAGGAGGAUCAGGAUGUAACCAAGGGCAACGCUAGAGCAGACAGGGAAGCCAAGCGUGCUGCUACCCUGAAAUCACCAACAGAGGAGAAUGCCCAAAUGCAUGCCCUCAUUCCAUCAGUAGGUGAGCUUGCAGCCCCUAAGUACUCCUCUGAGGACAGAUACCUGGCUGACAGGUUUGGUCUCCAGGAAAAGGAGGGAUGGUUUUACUCCACAGAGGGAAAAGUACUCUUGCCCAAGGGCUUAAUCCGACCAGUGCUGCAAAAACUGCAUCAAACUACCCACGCAGGCAGAGAGGCUCUUACUCAGCUUAUGAGCAAAUAUUUUCUAACCUCUGGACUUAGACCCCUAGCAUCCCAGGUACAGGCUGAAUGCAUACUCUGCCAAAAGAACAACCCUCGACCAGGAGUGCCAGUGCUGCCAGCUACCUUGGAACCUACCCCAGGCCCAGGAUUGGUGUGGCAAAUAGACUUUACUGAGUUUCCUAGAACCCAAGGGUACAGGUAUCUCCUCGUCAUGGUGGACCGAUUCAGUGGAUGGCCCGAAGCCUUCCCAUGUCGUAACAACACUGCCAAAACAGUGGCUCUUAAGUUUGUCAAGGAGAUCAUUCCCCGAUUUGGGCUCCCCCAGUGGAUGGAAUCUGACAAUGGAACACACUUCACAUCUCAAAUUGUUCAAAGGAUUUCAGAUGUCUUGCAAAUCUCCUGGAAGCUACACACACCGUGGCGACCACAGGCCAGUGGUGUAGUGGAACGUACUAAUCAGACACUCAAGCGACAUCUCUCUAAGAUUUGUCAGGAAGCCUCUCUUAAGUGGCCAGAUGCUUUGCCCCUUGUGUUACUCCGCAUUCGUGCUCUCCCCAAGGGCAGGUUAGGGCUUAGUCCCUUCGAGAUUAUGUUUGGAAGGGCAUGGCCUCUGGAUGGUACACCGGUUCUGUUAGGGGAGUGGGAGGUAGGCUGCGGGUUUUUGUCUCAGUACAUGUGCUCUCUGUCUGCUGUUCUUUCUUCUCUUCACAGGUAUACCAAAGAUUCACAGCCUCCUCUACUGGAUACCCCGGUCCACUCCUUGCAGCCAGGCGAUUCUGUACUCGUUCGGACCUGGAAGGACGAGCCUCUCCAAGAGAAGUGGAAGGGACCCCAUACUGUCCUGCUUGUUUCCCACACGGCGGCGAAGGUCGAGGGACACAAGAACUGGAUUCAUCACUCUCGACUGAAAGCAGUGCCUGCUCCUGAACAGUGGACUGUGCAGCCUGCUAAAGAAGCAGCUUCUAGCGACGACUUGGGACUUAAGCUGCUAUUCAAAAGACAAUAAGGGUCACUGGGAAUGCCCUGUGAUCUCUCUGAAC